ACGCUAUCGGCGCAUUACCUCCCAAGCUGGAACGCUAGUCCGAUAUCUGAACAACUUGAUUGCUACCUUUAGGCUUCAGCGUGCGCGGCAUCGGGUCAUGCUCACGCUAUUCGCUUCAUAACGUAAAACAUAUGUUCAAGCCUAGCGACUUACGACAGCUUCGCCAUGACCUACAGAGAUAAGAGUCCCCGAGACCGCGAGAGACUUACCAUAACUUCAUUGAUAUUCUACCAACGUUUGAGAGACAAUGGAUCCCCAUGCCAUCGCCGAGGACUGGCUACAACGCUUUUCUGUCUCCGUCUUCUCAGGCGACGUUGACGCGACGGUGCAGACAUUCCUACCGAACGGCUGGCUGCGUGAUUCUCUUGUAUUUACCUGGGAUAGCCGCUCGCUGGAAGGCCACACCAAGAUCACGGCAUAUCUCGAGAACACGCUGGCCAAAGCGAACCUCGCGGGUUUCAGGCUGGACGAGCGCCCGUGGCUGCGCCCAGAGCGCGUCCUGGAGAACGACGCUGGAAUUAGUGCGGGAUUCGCGUUCGAGAGUCCGAAGACGACUGGACGAGGGUAUGCCUACCUGUUGCAAGAGUCGGACGACCGAGGGCAGUGGAAGGCGCUGUCGGUAUUCAUGAUGCUCGAGAAUAUUAAGGGACAUGAGGAGCGAGGUCCCGAGGCUGGCGUAUACGGAGGGCACACGCUAUCAUGGGAGGAAGUGAAUGCAGAACGACGGGCGCGGAUUGAACGUAACCCGCACGUCUUGGUCGUGGGUGCGGGACAAACGGGCCUGCAGAUCGCCGCACGCUUCAAGCAGAUGGACAUCCCGACGCUGGUAAUCGAGCGGAACGCUGCCAUCGGCGACCAGUGGCGCAAGAGAUACCCAACUCUGUCCCUGAACACGACUAAAAAUCAUCACACAUUCCUGUAUCAGGCGUACCCUACGAAUUGGCCGGAGUUCACCCCGCGCGACAAACUUGCAAACUGGCUUGCACAGUAUGCAGUGUCGCAGGACCUGGUGGUGUGGACAAGCUCCAGCAUUAUGGCCCAUCCGCGCCCGACCUACGAAUCUGUCAGCAAGACCUGGACGGUUGUCAUCGAUCGAGAUGGAGCACCGGUAGAGAUCCAUCCAAUCCACAUCGUCAUCGCAGUAGGUACCUUGGGAGCGCCCCGCAUACCUGCUGUACUUGGGAUCGAGUACUUCGGCGGUACAAUUAUGAACGGGGACCAAUACAAAGGUGGACAGCCGUUCACAGGUAAGCGCGCGCUAGUCGUCGGUGCGGGCAGCACAGCCGCGGACAUUUGCCAGGACUUGCAUGUACAUGGCGCGGAGGCUGUGACGAUGGUGCAGCGCUCAUCGUCCUGCGUCGUGGCUCAGAAGACGAUCGCGGAGGACUACUAUCGCGCGUUCCCGGACGGCGUGCCGCUGGAGGUGUCGGACUUCAAGUUCUUCGCGAUGCCGAUAAAUUUGCAGAGGGCGUUUGCGAAGGCGAAGGAGGCUGAGAUGUGGGAUAAGGAGAAAGAAUUGCAUGAGAAGCUCCGCAAGGGCGGUGUGAAGCUGAACAUGGGCCGAGAUGGAUCCGGGAUCCAGCUUCUGAUAUUUGAACGAUUCGGAGGAGGAUGGAUCGACGUGGGCGUUGCAGAUCUUAUCGGCUCGGGCAAAGUCAAAGUCAAGCAAGGUGUCGAGAUCGCCCGUUUUCAGGAACGCCAAGUGAUCUUCACUGACGAGUCGAGUGAAGAUGUUGAUCUAGUCAUCUUCGCUACGGGAUACCUGGAUCCUCGGGAGGACUUGAAGCAGAUAUUUGGAGAGGAAAUCAUAGGAAGUACUGGCCCGUUAUGGGGACUAGACGACGAAGGAGAGAUUCGAGGAUGCUAUAGGCCUACAGGACAUCCGGGGCUUUGGUACGGUGCUGGAGAAUUCACUACCGUACGCUUUCUGUCAAAGCAACUGGCUUUGCAGAUCAAGGCAAUAGAAUUGGGCAUCCUGAGCUGAGGAGAUAAGUGCCGCAUUAUUGCGACUGAAUCUCGAGUGUGAUUGACGA